GGGGGAGGGGGAGGAGAGGGGGAAAAAAGGCGGAAGUGAAGGCCUGAGCUCGGGGCCUGGGGCUCAGUUUCGCUUAUGUUCGGAGGGCGAUAAGAGAAGUCGAGCGGGAGAGAGACACACAGAGAGAGGAGGAGAGACACCGCCCUCCCUUUGCUUCCUUCUGGCUCUGACUCGCCUCUGCGGUAACUGUCUGUGUGUGGCGUCCUCCUUGAUCUUGGCCUCGCACGGAGCUCUCUGCCAUUGGCCGUGCGUGUUCUGGGAAGAGUUCCGACAGGGGUCUUGCACUUUAGGUCAUGGCGGGUCGCGGAAACACAGCUCGAUCCAACGGGCCAGCCGCUGGGAGUAAGAUCUGUCAGUUUAAACUGGUUCUUCUGGGAGAGUCGGCGGUGGGCAAAUCCAGCCUGGUAUUGCGCUUUGUGAAAGGACAGUUUCACGAAUUUCAAGAGAGCACAAUCGGAGCUGCCUUUCUAACACAAACCGUCUGCUUGGAUGAUACGACGGUCAAGUUUGAGAUCUGGGACACAGCCGGACAGGAGCGGUAUCACAGCCUGGCACCGAUGUACUACAGAGGGGCCCAGGCUGCCAUUGUAGUUUACGACAUAACUAACACAGAGACAUUUACACGAGCCAAGAACUGGGUAAAAGAGCUCCAGCGGCAAGCCAGCCCCAAUAUAGUCAUCGCUCUAGCCGGGAACAAGGCUGACCUUGCGAACAAGAGAGCUGUUGAAUUUCAGGAAGCGCAAUCCUAUGCAGACGACAACAGUUUGCUGUUCAUGGAAACCUCAGCAAAGACAGCUAUGAAUGUAAAUGAAAUAUUUAUGGCCAUAGCCAAAAAGCUGCCGAAGAACGAACCACUAAAUGCAGGUGGAACUGCGGGCCGGAGCAGGGGUGUGGAUCUGCAGGAGACCAAUCAGCACAGCAGGAGCCAGUGCUGUGGAGCCUGAGACGGUAGCUGACAGAUGUCUUCACGACCUGACCCGACCCACCCUUACCCCACCCUCAACCAGGACUCCCGCCCCCCCCACCCACUCCCCUCCUUACCACUUGCACUUACCGCCGGAGCGACCUGCGAUCGCUGCGUUAAUUCUCCGCACCACUCUCUCCCCAUCAGAAAGAUUAUAUUAUUAAAAAAAAAAAAAUUUUUUUUAAACAAAUCAAUUAGCCAAAUCUUAAAACUCACCCCUUUUUAGGAAAAACUUUACACUUUCUCUCUUCCCUCUAAACCCAGUGGCGGAUGCAUGCACCGGUUAUAUUACCCCCCCACCCACCCAAAUCCCACCCACUUCAAAUGGGACGAUUCCUUCACUUGGGACUCUACAAUCGUGUGUGUUUUAUUCCGGUGAGAGGAAAAACAAAAUCAUUUAGAAGUAUGAUGAGGUAUGUAUCCUGAUGAAAUCUCACAUCUUAAAAGAAGUUCGUGCAGCUCACCUCCCCCCACAGCCCCUGCCCAACCCGCUUCCCCUUUCCUCACCCACACCCUCCCAACAAAUCUGUGACCUGUGUUCAUUGAACUUGAAAUCGGUUGUCUAAAUGCUUGUGGUCUUGACCAAAUCAGAAUUAUGAAUACUGAGCAGGGCUUUCCUCUUUGUAUUGUAAGUUUUAUUUUUUUUCCCCCCCUUUUACCGGGGUAUUCAAUCAGUGAAUCAGUUUUGUCGAUAACAGCACCUUCCAAUAUAUCUUUUUUUUCCGCACGCUCGCGCUCUCUCUCUCUCUCUCUCUUUCUCUUCCUCUUUGUGUUUUGAAGGCGCAAAGAAUUUACCCUCUCGGUUUCCAGUAUAAUGCACUAUUCUGUUCAAGAUAUUUUGCAAUAACUUGUACAUUUUUUGAUGUCUUCGGAGGCUGUGUUAUCACUAAUGUCAGUAAUUAACUGCUCUCGCACAGUGCUCUGAUGUGGAGCACAUAGACACCCACGCGCACACACACACACACAGACACACACACACACACAGAGACAAACACACACAGAGACAUGUGCUGUGACUGUUAACAUUCAAGCCAGCUUGUCUGUGUAAAGAAAACCCAACCUGUAAUUCCAUUUGACAAAUAAAAUCGAGGGAGGUAUCAAUUCAACUCAACCCCAGUUUGAAUCUCUGUAAAAUGUUACGAGUGCCUCGAUUGCCUUGAAUCUAUCUUAUCUACAUAUAUCUCUGCCCUUUGUAUCUCCUGUGUAAUGAAGUGUUGACCAAUCUCCACCUCUGCAUAUAUUCGUAUGAUGGAACUAAUUCUUGUAACUACUUGAGAUAUAUAAAAAAAAGUGUGCUUCAAAAACUGUGUUCGCUGGAAGUUUUCAAAUCCCUUUGUGGCCUCCCUACCAUCUUACCCCGACCCAAAACCCACUGCCUCCAGCCUCCUCUCGACUGGCUCCGGCCUCCUUUAUGUCCCUCGUGCCCUCCGUUCCACCAUCGGUAGCCGUGCUUUCAGCCACUACCCUCUGAAACUCUGGAACACCCUCCCUCUAUCCUUCCGCCGUGCCCCUUACCUCCCCCAUCUUCAGGUCGCAACUGAAGACCCUCCUCUUCGACCGUGCCUACGGUCACCUCCGCCCCCACCCCCCCAACCGGUCUCGAAGUCAUGCUCCGCCACUGUCAAGUGCUCUGGGACUCUACCCUGCGUGAGGGGGCGCUGUGUAAAUGCGAGUUGUUGUUGGAAGUAUUGAUUCGCAUUCCCAGGGUGUUUUCUUUCGGAACGCUUGGAGCCACAGUCGAAUAAUUUUUUAUCCACGGUGAGAACUGUCAACACACUGACCUUUAAAUCAGUACCGGCAUUGCAGUUGUGGGCAAGUGCUGCGGGCAAGUGCUUAACCUGCCAGUGUUUUGCUUUCAUUCCAACUCUACCAAAAAAAAAAAAACUUUUUGUUAACGCAUCCUGAUCUGUCUCUGCCCCACCCUAAUUGGCCCUUCAACAUGUAACGUGGGCAGCUUUCUAAGAACCAUUGGUAAUUUAGAAGCCAAUGGGACCUUUUGACUGUUCCUCCGCUUUAAUCUAUAAAAGCAUCAAGCUCCUGCCUCUUCUGUCCAUUACCCUCGCAGGGACUCUUGUCUGGCUGGGAGCAAGUGUCCCUCUGGUUCAAGAUUGGCUGAACAUUUUCCAUCACCUCGUUGCUUGUCAUGUUUAUGAGGGCGGUGUCUGGCAGCAACCUUUCGUACUGAUCUCUUGAAGUGAGUUCAGUGGUGUGACAGAGGUGAAUUGACUGAUGUGUAGGCUGGUUGGGUGGAGAAAGUAUGCAUCGGCUUCUAUCAGACUGGAAGGAGGCAAGCUUCUACGGGGGAAUGAAUUAUAACAAUAAUGAUAACCCUGGCAUUUGAUACAGCGCCUCAUCACGUCUUCGAGACGUCUCAAAGCGCUUCACAGGAUACACUGUAAAGCGAAUUGACUGUAUAUUUUGUGGGCGAAACGCGGCAGCCAAUUGCGUACAGCGGCGUCCCCACAAUCAGUGGUGGAUUGAGCGACCAAAUUAUUAUUUUACUUACCCAAUGUUGCCUCAGCUGUUUUUCCGAAUGAAAGACGCUAUCUUACAAGCUGAAGGAAGUUCUGCAGUGGUAACAAAGACGACGUCUUGCAUUCAUGUAGCGCCCCUCACGACGGAGGGUGUCUCGAAGCGUUUAAACCAGUGAGUUGGAAUUCAAGCAUGUGCUGGGCAGGCAUCUUCUUACGUAGAGUUUCAUUCUUGUGUGCGGUUCAAGAGCUUUUUCUGGACUUGACUCUCAAAGCUAUCUCACUACUGUACUGCUCUGUGCUGGUAAUUUUUAACAAGUUGAUAUGUAGAUCCUCUUAACGCACCGCAGUGCGAAACAUAACUCCCAACUGCGUUCAUGUGAAAGCUGCGGUAUUAAAAUCCUAUAGAAAUCA